GGGACCACAGAAACGAAUUGUGCGCGCCCAUGAGUUGAACCAGCGAGAAAGUCGAACACAAUCACUCAACAAAUCCCAGCCCCAGAGCAACCCAACUGUGAUAAAUUAAGCCAAAUAUCAAAAAACCAUAAAACUCACAAGAUGUCUGCUGCCAAUAAAGUGAACCACUUGGUGGGUGCCACCACCCGUUACAUUGCUGGCCGGAAUGCUGUGCAAACGGUGUACUGGAGGACCUCCGCUGGACCCAAUCCCCGGAUGGUGAAGACGAACAAAUUUUGCGAGUUCGAUCGCAGCCAAAAGGCGCCCCAGAGUGUCCGGCUGCAGAAGUACAAUCGCAGCUUCCUCCGGGAUUGAGCAGAGUGAUCCAGAGUCCUCCAGUUCCGCCCUAAUGACAUGUUCCUAAUGUAGUUCUUCUCUUCAUACAACAUAUGUAUAUUUUUUUUGGCGUGCACUUUGUAUUUAUUGUGUAUAGUAUUUUGUAAGGCCGAUAUAUGUAGAAUUAAUCGAAUCCAAAACGAAGCCAGCGCUACGAUCUGUCAUGUACCUUGGCAUUAAAAAUAAUAACAAAGAUUAAAAAAUAAAAUAAAAUAAAUGCAAAUGCUUUCUAGCGCGUAGUAUUUACACGAAUA